AUGCCUCGAAGCUUGAGAAGUCGUUUAAACCGCUCUGAUUCUUUGAAUACUCCAGUUGAGCCAUAUACUGUAAAUUUUGCCUUUCACAACUUUCCUGAAACUGCAAAUCCUGUUGUUCCUGAACCUAUUGAAGGUAAGAUUCCAGUAACAACUUCCCCAACGUACAUGAGCCCACUUUUGGAAUUAGGAGCUACCGUCAACGAGAAUAUAGAAAGGUGUAAGUGGUGUGGCCGCGCUGAACACCAAAGGCGUUCGCAUAAGGAUUGUGGAAUGAGGAUACUUCGAAAUACUUCUGACAGGAGAGCAACUUGCCCAUGGUGCCAUAGAGAAGGACAUACACGCAGAAAUCAUCUUGACUGUGCGCUAAAUCCAAUCAAUCAGCCAUCUGAGCAACCGUCUCCAACACCAAUUGUACAAGACUUUCCAAAUGCCUCUCAAUCUGAGGCCACAGCCGAAACUCUGGACUCAAAUGUCAUCGUAGCAGCAGUUGUAUGUCCCUUUUGUGGAAUAGAAGGACACCAACGCCGAUCUCAUUAUAAUUGUGCCGAAAAUCCUCUACGUACAGGUGCAAUAGUUCCUUUUUUGAUGGCGCGAAAUUCUGAAGCACCUGAAGCUAACCGAAAUGAUUUGGGAGGCAUGGAUGCCUUGUGCUCAAAAUGUGGAGCCUACAUGUGGAUUGAUGAAAGAAAGCAAAGAACAACAAGAGCUUCUCCAACGUUUCAAAUCUGCUGUCAAGAUGGCCAGGCAAUCUUGAAGCCAGUACACCAUUUUCCAGAGCUUAUUGUCAAUCUUUUGAGUAGCAAUGACGAUGUUAGCAAAGAGUUCAAAUCGAACAUUAGAGCGUACAAUUCUGCUCUCAGCUUUACCUCCAUGAAUGCAACUUUAGAUCAAUCAGUUGCGAAUAAUCAAAAUGGUGCCUACGCAUUCCGUAUUCACGGUAGCGUCUAUCAUCUCAUGAGCUCUACACUUAUGCCAGCAAAUGAUACACGUCCAAAAUUUGCUCAAAUGUAUAUAUUCGAUGGGGAAAAUGAGCUUCAAAACCGACUGAAUGUUGCUGGAAACCCCAACAUGGAGAGAACCACUAUGCGUCUCCUCCAAAAUAUGAUGCACUAA